AUGGACUACUUUUCAAAGUGGGCAGAAGCAGCUCCAUUCAGAGAGGUCACAUCCAAGCAUGUGAUUAACUUUUUCACCCGCAACACUAUUUACAGAUUUGGUGUGCCAUGCCGUAUAAUCUCAUACAACGGUACUGCAUUUAAAAGUACAAAAAUCUACAAGUUCAUUGAUCGGCAUAAAAUCGAUUGGCAGUGUUCAUCCAUAUACAGUCCAAGGGCAAAUGGCUUGGCUGAGGCAUUUAACAAGACACUAGUGAAACUGUUGAAGAAGAUCCUUACCAAGAACAAACGAGAGUGGCAUACGAAGAUGACAGAAGCGUUGUGGGCGUAUUGUACGACCUACAAAACACCAACCAAAGCUACCCCUUAUUCAUUGGUGUUUGGAGUUGAAGCCCUAUUACCAUUGGAUAUUGAACUACCGUCACUCAGGAAAGGUUUUAUGGUUCUUUUGGCAUGA